AUGGCAUCUCGAACACUUCUAGAAACAAAACGAUUUGCACCCGAAGAAUGGAAACGAAGGUGUGAACAAAUUGAUCCUUCUAAGACUGCAUUAAAUUAUUUAAUAUUAAAUUUUUUUAUAAUUGAAGGAUAUGAAUCUUCAGCAUUAAAAUUUAUUGAAGAAGCACAUCUUUCGCCUCCGGAGGGGCUUGAAUGGAUGAGCGAACGAAUGGAUAUUUUAAAUGCAAUUUAUCGCGGAGACAUUAUAUCAGCAAUAGAAAAAAUGAAUGAAAUGGAUCCAGAGCUUUUAGAUACUCGACCUACAAUUCAUUUUAUGUUAUUGCGUUUACAAUUGAUUGAACUUAUACGUAUUGCUUUAUAUUCACCUGAUACAGAUCUUAUGCCUAUUUUGGAAUUUGCAGAAAUUCAUUUAGCACCAAGAGCUCCUAAAAAUGCUGGGUUUUUACAGGAUCUUGAAUCGGCAAUGGCAUUAUUAUGUUUUUCAUCAAAUAAUCUAAUACCAGCCUUAAAACCAUUACUGGAUUUGUCUUUACGUAAAGCUGUUGCGUCAAAUGUAAAUACAGCUAUACUUGAAGCACAAGGAUUAAUACAAGAAUCAAAGAUUAAGACACUUUUACGCUUAUGGGGUUGGAGUGAAAAAAAGUUACGAAAAGAAUUAGAAUUUCCUACAUUUAAUUUUACUGACAAUUAA